AUGCGGUCCGACGCGGAAAGCCCAGGGCCAUUCGUGAAUACAAGAUACACAUGCGCAGGCGGUCUCGACACCCCCGGUCUCGCCGUCGCUGCGAGCUACGACAACGACAUCAACCAUCGACACGACCCUCAUAUGAACUUUCGCCGCAGAUGGAGCGUUGCGAGUGCUGACCAGGAGGACACAACAGCUGCCGUCAUGAGCCCAGCUGCACACACGAGGAAGAAGCCCGCGUCGCCCGGUCGAGGUGGCGGCGGCUGGAGCAACUGCCUGUUCACCUUCGUCGCCGACACCGCCGGCAAGGUCUGGGAGUAUGCCCGCUCCACCGGCAUCGUAGGCUUCUAUGCCGGAGAGGGAAAGGGGUACACUUUGCACACCCCGCCCGAUGACUACGCCGCUCCUCCCACCUUCCGCGGACAUGUACGGUCAUCGUCAUCCUUGGACAUGUCACGUACCCGGGUACCCGGCCAAUACCCGCUGGACGAAGACGAGUAUGCGGUUCGCGCGCCAAAGCGGCCGCUCGAGGACUGCGGCCCGGAUUCCUGGAUCAUGGUGCCCCGCAUUGAUGAAGAGCUUCGAGCUGCCAGCCCAGGAUUGUCGAAGCGCCGGCCACCCAAAGUCAACAUCUCUCGGCCAACGGGGCCGCGUCGUCCCUUGAUCCCAGUCCGCCGCACUUGCUCCAUCUCCAGCCUCAGCUCCCCCGGACUCCGUCCAGAGAGCGCCGCCUCAGUCCGCCGUCCUGACAGCGCCGCCUCGGUUCGUCGCCCCGACAGUGCUGCCUCGGUCCGCCGCCCGGAUAGUGCUGCCUCAUUCCGCCGCCCCGACAGCGCCGCCUCGAAUCGGACCCGCCCCCAUUCGGUUGGAAGCGCCUUCACCCUUUCGUCGCCGAACACGCCUCACUCGCCAAUACCAGCAGAGAUACAAAUGCUCGCUGCUCAACGUCGCAGGGAGGAGCGCCAGAGGAACUCUAGCAUGCGAAAAAUCAACGAUCGAUUGAAGGACAUGAUCAGAGAAGGACGUGAAGCCUUGGGAAGUAGGGUCGAAAUCGAGGACGCUAUGGACGAGGACAUGGAAGACGAAGGGUUCGCUGAAGGAUGCUUCGACGGCAGGGAGAAGUGGUGA